UGCAAAGUCAUGGUGCUCUGAUACUCUUAUUCACAGUCACAGAUUGAAAAAAAAAAUCUGCUAAUGUCAACGUAAAUGUUUCUGGAUGAGCUUUAAUCUGAAGCACAGCUGAAGACCCGGAACCAAAGAUGAACUGGGCAUCGUUUUAUGCUGUCAUCAGUGGUGUGAACAGACACUCCACAGGCAUCGGACGCAUCUGGCUCUCUGUCCUGUUCAUUUUCCGUAUCCUGGUUCUGGUGGUUGCAGCGGAGAGCGUGUGGGGCGAUGAGAAGUCUGGCUUCACCUGCAACACCCAGCAGCCGGGUUGCAACAGUGUCUGCUACGACCACUUCUUCCCCAUCUCCCAUAUCCGCCUGUGGGCACUCCAGCUCAUCCUGGUCUCCACCCCUGCCCUGCUGGUAGCCAUGCAUGUGGCCCACCGCCGCCAUGUCGACAAGAGGCUCUACAAACUGUCAGGGCGGUCUAACCCCAAAGACCUGGAGCAGAUUAAAACCCAGAAGAUGAAAAUCUCAGGGGCUCUCUGGUGGACGUAUGUCAUCAGCCUGUUGUUCCGUAUUGUUUUCGAGGUCACCUUUAUGUAUGUGUUUUAUAUGAUCUACCCUGGUUACAAGAUGAUCCGGCUGGUGAAGUGUGACUCGUAUCCCUGUCCCAACACGGUGGACUGCUUCGUGUCGAGGCCCACAGAGAAGACUGUCUUUACCGUGUUCAUGUUGGCUGCGUCAGGGGUUUGUAUUCUGCUCAACAUUGCAGAGGUGGUCUUCUUGGCGGGGAAGGCCUGCAGUAAGCAUUUGCACACCGCUGGAGACUCGACUUUGGGGGCUUGGAUCCAACAAAAGCUCUGCUAAUACUAACAAAACAGAUUAUGUACCUGCACAAAGGGACAUACAUGUGACCUUAGACCCAGGAGAUAGCCAUUAAUCUAACAUGGGAGUAAAGUGCACACAAUAUACUGUACAUUAUAAUUUGACAUGGUGAUGUCAAACUGGUGUCAAAGAAUUCCCACAGGAACUACAGUCAUCAACAUAAUCUGCCUUGAAACUGUAUACAGACAUAAUAUACCUUGAUGACAGGCCAAAUUAACACCAAUUAAAUCUAAUUGUAUAAAGCAAUAUUCCAGCUGACCACAUUAAAGGCUCUCAUUCUCAUGGACUUUGAUGCUCAAAAAGUGGACUUUGAUUUUGAUGAAGAUUCUUGGUUCUGCUAUGAAAAUAUUAAAGCUGGGGUAGACAGAAAUCUGGAAAAGCCUCCCACCAGAUAAAAGGCAAAUUUACAUGCAUCACACUGAAACCCAGAGUUUUCCCAUUCCCCAUCUUGUGUCAUUGUGUAGUUGCACACAUCUGAUCUGCUCAGCCCCUCCUUGCCCCGCUCUCUCUCUGUAUAUCAGACCCAUAGACUUUAUAAAAUAAUGGCCGUAGCUACAGUGACGUCACCCAUGGGUUUGUGGACUCCCAUUGCUGAGCCUCAACUUUGGCAUCUUAGUUGUUACCAUCUUGGAUUUUUGGAGCCAGAAGUGACCAUAUUUGGAUGAGAGGUUGGCGCUGUAGAG